CAGCGGCGAGCCUGCGCAUGGCACGAGUCACUUGUUGGUCUUCGCGGCUGAAAGAACGCUGGACUAAUUUUCUUGUUGUUGCUGACACAUUUCUGCUUCAUUCCGUCGUUUACAUUUGGCUUUUGUGUCAAAAAGAAGGUUUACUGGACGCAAAGGUUUGAAAAGGGCCCAGGAAGUGUCACUUUUGAUUCAUGGACUCAACACGGACUUCAGCGACUGUCAGGAGGCGAGCUUGACUUCAUUCAGUCAACAUUCAGAUUCAGCAAGCCUAAAGUUGUAUCUGGACCCGCUAUGGGAGUCCUCAGCAUUGUGUUGUUCGUCUUGGAGGCUGUGGUGCUGCUGGAGUGUGCACGAGGACCUCCACGGGUGGCUGAAAAGGUCCUCCACCGCCAAACUGCCCGCCUCGGGAGUGCCAUCAAGCUGCCUUGCCCGGUGGAUGGAGACCCGCCCCCCCUUAUAAUGUGGACCAAAGACGGGCGCAACAUCCACAGUGGCUGGAUCCGUUUCCGCAUCCUUCGCAUGGGCCUCAAGAUCAAAGAGGUGGAAGCGGAUGACACGGGCACCUACAUCUGUAAGGCUACUAACGGCUUUGGCAGCGUCAACGUCAACUAUACCCUUAUUGUCAUCGAUGACUCUGGUUCUCAUAGGACAGGACCCGCCAUGUCUGAUGGAACGCCAUCAGAGCACAGUGCUGAUGGCUUGGUGGAAAAGCUUGUGCGCCCCCGCUUCACACAGCCCGCCAAGAUGAGGAAGAGGGUAAUAGCCCGACCCGUGGGCAGCUCAGUGCGGCUCAAAUGUACAGCAAGUGGGACCCCUCGUCCGUACAUUGUGUGGCUGAAGGACGACCAGCCGCUGACCGGGCAGCAGGUCGGCGAGGGCCGCCAGAACAAGUGGACCCUGACCCUGAAGAACCUAAUGCCCGAACACAGCGGUAGAUACACCUGCAAGGUGGCUAAUCAGGCUGGAGAAAUCAAUGCCACGUACAAAGUGGAGGUCAUACAGAGGACCAACUCCAAACCUGUCCUGACAGGCACUCACCCUCUCAACACCACGGUGGACUACGGCGGCACCACUUCGUUCCAGUGCAAAGUGAGGAGCGAUGUGAAGCCGGUGAUCCAGUGGCUGAAACGCGUGGAGACUAAUGAGGAGAGCCGCUACAACUCCACCAUUGAAGUGGGAGACCACCGCUUUGUGGUGCUGCCCACAGGGGAGGUGUGGUCGCGACCGGACGGCUCCUACCUCAACAAGCUGCUCAUUACCCGCGCCAAGGAGGAGGAUGCCGGCAUGUACAUCUGUUUAGGUGCCAACACCAUGGGAUACAGCUUCCGCAGCGCCUUUCUCACUGUGCUACCAGACACCAAGCCUCCCGUCAUGCCCAUCUUCCCAGCUGCCUCCAGCUCCCUCCCCUGGCCGGUCAUCAUCGGCAUCCCCGCCGGAAUAGUGUUCAUCUUUGGUACGGUGCUGCUUUGGUUUUGCCAGAGUAGGAAGCAGUGCCCCCCUUCCGGCCCCCCUGCCCCAGCCCCGCAGGCGCCGCACGGCUCCCAGCGGCCGCCGUGUCGAGAGCGUGAGCGAGGCUGCGCGCCGGCAUCGUCCGGCUCGUCCAGUCCGGACAAAGACUGCGUGAGCUCCAUGAACUAUGAGGAGUACCUGACGCAGCAGCAGCUCCUCCUCAACCAGGGGGGAGCCGCCAAGAUCUAUCCCAAAAUCUACACUGACAUUCACACGCACACACACUCCCACAUGGACGGCAAAGUGCAUCAGCAUCAACACAUUCAUUUCCAGUGUUAGCCCACAAACUGGGAGAGAAAAGGCCAGUCAUGGGAUGGCGACAUGGAGGCGUCGGAUUCUCACGCCGCUUCCAAUCCAUCGGUGCUUGUUGUGCACUCGGUUUGAACAAGGAAUUGUGUGGCUGCAGCUGUUCAUGCCGGAGAAAGGAGGUGACGUUUCACCUUCUGUUUAAUCAGCUGUCGUCCAUCUUCUGUCCGCUCGCUAAUGGCGCCAGAAACGGUACUCGUGGAGCACAAAAGGGCCGGUUAUGUCGUCCUCUACUCAGGUAGUCCUUUUGGCAAAGAAAGCUGACCACUAACUUUCCUAUAUUUCUUCAUCCCGCUUUCCCGUCGCUAGCAAUAAGGCUGUUAGGUACACCUGCACAAUACAAACAGAUAUUAUAAUGCUUGGUUUUUAUUGGUUAUCAUAUAGUGGCAUUCAUUUAUCAAUAACAUUAUUAUUGUAGUUUGUCACUUCUAUGUGUGUGUGUGUGUGUGUGUGUGUGUGUUAAGAACGCACAUCACAUCUGGACAAAUUGAUGCCAAAGAAUAUACCUUUGAUGUUUUCGUAUUUGUGGGUUUAAUGUGCAGUGGAAUUGAUGUUGGUCUUUUUUAAGCAAAAAGUAUUGUGUUGUUUAUGAUAGUCAUAAGGUGCAGGGGCACAGCUACCUACUUUUUAAAGUGUGUGCAAACACGUCACAGUGUCCCCCCCAGCCCCCACAAGCUGCUAGAUGGUGCAGCACAGCCAAGGAAACGUAUGGACUUAUUUAUUUAUUUGGACUUCUACCUCAAAACAGAAAUCAUGUUGACAACCACAGUAUGCAACUUGUCACCUUGAAGUCAUUUAAAGAGUCCGUUUGCCAAUUUUUUAGUUCAAAAUCAUAAGGAUGAAUAGUAAAAUGUGUAAGAGUAUCAGUAUUAGUGUGUCAGACGGUAGUUUCAUUUUAGGGAUUAUUUUGUGUAAAUAAUAUUUUUAUGAUUUUAUAAAUGUGUACAGUAUUUUUUAAUGUGGGUUUUACAGUGAUAGCAGUUUUAGCGAACCUGAACAUUGACAAGCAUCCUCCCGAUACACGGACAUAACUUACAGACUGUCAAAAUCGAUCAUGUCCUUCACACGUGCACAAAUUGCUGUUAAAUACAGACAGUGUAGUUCCAUGCCCAUCGCUUUGUUGCCCAGAUGUGCUGCACAAAGUGCGUACCCACUUUUUGCGCCACUGAUAUGAGGGCAUAUUAAGAAAAAAGAACAACACAUGUGGAAAGCCCUCAUCAAGACCUUUAAUUCCAGGUAUGACUUGGUGUGUAAACUGAUUUAUGAAGCUGUUACAAGUACACUUUGACAUUUUUUUGUGAUUCACCUGAUUGGCCUCUUUGGCCAUUUUGUCAUUACAGAAGACAUACUGGCAAAAUAAUUGCAGUUUGAGGAAGCUGUCACCAAGAGCUUUAAUUAGAGGUAUGACUUGAUGUGGUCUGUUGGAAACUGGAUAAUGGCGUUGUUUUUAUGAAUCAGAUGGUUGAUCUUUUUGGGUCAUUUUGAGACAAAAUAAUACCAGACUGUCAUCAGGACCGUUAAAGUAUGACUUGAUGUGGUUUGACGCACAAAUCAACUAGGAGGAUGAGCGGACAAAAACGAAACAUUGUGUCAUCAUGUAUUGACAAAAUAGUACCAGUUCAAAUAAGCCAUCAUAAUUAGAGUUCGUAAACGUGUCGAACAUUGGAGAUUGUUUUUUAUAACUAUCAUCAUCAUACCAAAUACAUAUUGAUAGCCCUCAUCAAAGCCUUUCAAUUGAUCAAUCAAUCAAAACUGAGCAUAACAAAUCAAUAUUUGCAGACACAAGUUUGGAUCUCCUUAUAAAGUGCAGGUGUACCUAAUGAAGUGUCCAGUGAGUAAAGCAACCUUGCCCAGGACUGCAAGGGAUGAAAGGAAUAUGUUUAGGGAUAAUAAUGACCUUAUUGUUCAUUGCCUUGCCAAAUUCCCAGCAGUAAUAUUAUUUUAGCCAGCGAUAUUCUCCCAGACCCAAGCAGUUUGUAAAACUGAUUCACCAACACGUAAUUUAUUUUUAAUUCAUUGUAUAAGAAAAUGUAACAAAAGUUUAUAUUUGUGAUAUUUGACAUCUGUAAUGUCAUGUAAAGUUGUGUUGAGUUUGGUACAUGACGGCCCAAUGUAACAUUUAGUUGAUUUGUAGUUCUACUUGUGUACAUGCAGAUGCUUUUAUUUUUGACAAUCCCAGUGUUAUGUUGAUUAAAAUGAA